AUGUCACGAGCCUUGAAGGCGCAAUGUGGAGAUGACAAAGUGAAGUUAAGACGACACCAAACGAAACACCGAGAUAAAGAUGGCAAUUACGCAAUAAAUAAAUUGCUUUUGCCACCUCUUGAAGAUGUUUCAUUGUCUCUGACAAUAAAAAGUGGUGCUUCGAUGAUGAAUCUCUUCUUUUUUGCUACUCUCGUUCACUCGUGUUUGCUGACUAUGGACUGUGGUGUUACCCAAUGA